AAAUAUUAUUGUACUUGGUAUAUUUUCUUUCCUUUCUUGCUCAUCACCAAUCACAUGCAAUUCCUUUCUCGUGCUUCUAUAGUCAAAGUGACUCUUUGAUCAUUCCACCAUUGGCACCAAACUAAUAUCUGGUUUUCUCUCUCCCAGUCUCUGCAAUUUCUUUUUUUAAACAAUGGAGGGGCCAAUUCCAUGGAAGGAGGAGGUGGAUGUCACAUUAUCAGAUGAUUCUUCUCCUUCUUCGUCUCGUGAUGCACAUGGUGUUGGUGGAUCAUCUGGGUCUGCCAGCAAGAAUUUGAAUAAAAACAUCACAAUUGAUCUACCUCCCAAAGAAACAGAGUCUGACUCUGAAGAGGCAGUGUUCAGAAGGGCGCAAAUGUAUCAAGACUACAUGAAGCAGAUCCCAAUCCCAACCCACCGUGGUUCUGUUAUUCCGUUCACCUCAUGGACGGGAUUGGGCUAUUCCAUCAAGAAGUUAUACGGGCAGCCCUUGCAUUACCUCACCAACAUUCUCCUAAAACAGUGGGACAGAAUGAGAAUCGGCAGUGAGGAUGAAGAUAGACCGUUGGAUACUGUUAUCCAUCCUUGCAAAGCCGAAGCCAGCAUUUGGCUGAUUGAAGAAGUUCAUCGGCUCACCACGUCUCAUCAUCAUCUAGCAAAACUCUGGCUCCCUGAUCCAAUGCCCCAUGCAUUUAUCGAUCCCGUUUUCCCCAUAAUAUGAACUUCUUCGCGGGGAAAUUGAACUCUUAAACUGUACCGGAAAUUUGUAAGGGUCUCUGUCAUCUCGGAGUGUUAAUCUGGCUCUUGAAGGUGUUUCGGUGAAUUGGUGUAAAUAGAUUGAUUAUCUCCUACAUCUCACUUGUUUCAUUUCUGCUGUUUUUGUAGCUGUAUUUUGUUCCCUUUUCUUUCAUACAGUGUUAUCCAGAGCAGUAACAACCGGUAUUCUAUGUUUCAGCUAUGGUCUAUUCUUAUUUGUACAGGUUAAUGGUAUUCUAUGUUUCAGUACUGAGAUGGUGAAGAAAUUUGACAUUUUGCAAGUA